AUGCGGUCCCGCCGGGAGACUGCCACUAGCACGCAGUCGACGGAGGCUAUAGAGCGCGCAGAGCUGCAACCAUCUGCAUCACCGGGAUCGGUGGGCUAUCUGGGAGAGGAGAGCAUGAUGCUCCAGAAUCCCAGCGCGCUCCAGGUUGACGACGAGACCGAAGCAGAGACGGCCAAGUUCUACUCGAAGGCUUUGAUGGCCACUGGCGCAGUAACCUUGCCCUCACACAUGAUGGUGGCCGCACUGACUGAUGCUUACUUUGAACACAUUCAUCCCCACCAACCCCUCAUCGACCGAACAGACUUUGGGCGUUUUCAGUCGCCUCUGCUGGUGCACACUGUCUGCAUGCUUGCAAGUGCUUAUGGUCACCGACGAGGAGGAAUAAGCCAGCUGAGUGCGGCUAAGAAGCACUACCUGAAGGCAAAGAUGCUGCUGGCUGCCGAGCAUGAACGAAAUAAAUUGGUGGUUCUCAAAGCGCUCUGUCUCAUGACAAGUCGAAGCAUGACCGAACCAACAGUCAUCUGCCUAGACAGCCUGUGGCAUUGGCUAGGGGUGGCAUCGCGCUAUGCAAUCCACAUGGGUCUUCACAAAGAAGCAACCUACAGCGGCAACCAAGAUGCUGGAACCCGUCGAAGGAUGUGGUGGCAUCUCUUUGUAGGAAUGGCCUCCCCAAGUGCGCACUCGAUGCUGACGUUGCUCCAGAAUCAGGACAAGUUAGUGUCCUUCUGUUACGGGCGGCCCUUGAUGAUUCAUAUGCAUGACACCGACGUUCAACCGCUGUCGCAACGCGACUUUCCCAACGAACAUCCAGACAAUAACAUCUUCAUCGAGAGAACCAAGCUUUGCAUGAUUUUUGGUCAACUCGCUGACGGACGAUACAAUCCCAACUUGAGCUACCGAGAUAUCGUGCCUAUUGGACAAGCCUUUGAGACCUGGGUCUGCGAGUUGCCGGCAGACUUGACUCUGCAGCACACAGACUCGAGGCCAUAUCGUCGAGUGGUUUCUGAGUUGCACAUUUUAUACUACGGCUGCUUAUUGAUCUACCAAUUGUCUCUGAUGAAGGUGGAGCCAGUCUCCAGCUCGGCCAGGGCUACCUUCGAAGAGUGCAUCCAGACCGCGUCACAUCUAAUCCGUGUUUUCGAAGAAAUUCAAUGCAGAAACGACCUUGUUUAUCUGGCACCGAUCAACGCUUGGUUUUGUUACCUAGCCGGAGUGGUACAAAUCCGCGCUCGCGCUACAUUUCCCGGCCAAGCAGAAGGGUUUGAUGACAACCUGGAAAUUGUCAGGACAGUCUUGCAGGAGCUGUCCGCAACGGUUCCAAGCUCUGCCCUGGUCCUCGGCAACCUCAAACGCGCGGAGCUCUCUGGCGGAACUCUACCUGGCCAGUAUUCCACCCAUCCCGCCCACCCAGCAGCAGACGGGUUGGGCAAUUCCGGCGCGACCAAUGAUGAAAACAUUACAGCCGAAUCUCUCGCAGGUCCCGACGGUCGCCGGAGUACUUCGAACCUUAUGGGUGGUCUCAACGAAGGGAUGGACAGCAGUUCUCUCUUUUUGCCUGGGAAUCUCAUUGCAGAUGGUUUCGUCAACUUCGACUUCGGAGAUGUUUUUGUGGACCAAAUAUUUCAGUACCAGUGA